AUGUCCGAUGUCCAGAUUUCAGGAGUUUCCCAGCAUGUUUGGCACUGGCUCUUGAUAAUGCACUAUCGUGACACAAGACCUUUACAGGUCUGUUUGCCCUCGCUGUACUCCUUCUCAAGUUACUUGUCUUGGUACUUUUCGCUCGUCGAGGACGUUGCAUCAGGCCGGACAACUGUUAUCGAAUGGGUGGAGCAAUUUGGAGUAGUUGUAGCAUACUGA